CAUAAGUCAUCCCGUCAUGCUGCUAAUCGAAGAUACUAUGAAAGAAAUCGAGAGCGAAUUCUCCAACUUCGUCGAGCUUCUCGCAUUGAGACUCGCGCUCGACUAGAAUACCUUGAAAGUAUUAGGGUUUCUUGUUUUCAAACUCACAGUAAUCUGCAACUUCCUUCUAUUUAUAGUCCUUUGAACUUUGAAUCUCCUCAACACGAAAUGAUGCUGGCAUCAAAACCCGAAGAAAAUACAUCGUAUAACCCUUUGAACUUUGAAUCCCCCCAACUCGAAAUGAUGCUGGCAUCAAGACCCGAAGAAAAUACAUUAUAUAACCCUUUUAAUUUUGAAUCCCCCAACACGAAAUGA